AUGGCGGGGGCAGUGGAUCUGUCAUUUAGCUCGUCUGCGAAUCUUGAGAUCUUUAAGCUUGAUUUCCAAUCGGAGGAUCGUGAUCUACCUGUUAUUGGUGAGUGUCAGAGUUCUGAGAGAUUUAAUCGUCUCGCUUGGGGUAGGAAUGGAUCCGGCUCUGAUACUUAUAGUCUUGGACUUAUUGCUGGUGGUCUUGUCGAUGGCAAUAUCGAUAUUUGGAAUCCCUCGUCCCUGAUCCGUCCCGAAGCAAGUGAAAGUGCUCUUGUUAGCCAUCUAUCGCGUCACAAGGGGCCUGUUCGUGGCCUUGAAUUUAAUUCCAUCACCCCUAACUUACUUGCAUCUGGUGCUGAUGACGGUGAAAUCUGCAUAUGGGAUUUGGCUGCACCUGUGGAACCUUCUCAUUUUCCACCUCUCAAGGGUACUGGUUCUGCUGCUCAAGGAGAAAUUUCUUAUGUUUCUUGGAAUUGCAGAGUUCAACAUAUAUUAGCGUCCACUUCUUCCAAUGGAAUAACUGAUUCAAUUAGAAGGCGGUGCUCAGUUUUGCAAUGGCAUCCUGAUGUUGCCACUCAGCUUGUUGUGGCGUCAGAUGAAGAUGGCUCUCCUUCUCUGCGGCUUUGGGAUAUGCGAAACAUACUUGAACCUGUGAAGGAGUUUGUUGGACACACUAAAGGUGUAAUUGGAAUGUCAUGGUGUCCCAAUGACAGCUCAUAUUUGCUUACCUGUGCUAAAGAUAAUCGAACAAUCUGCUGGAACACAGUUACUGGAGAGAUUGUCUGUGAAUUACCGGCGGGUACCAAUUGGAACUUUGAUGUUCACUGGUAUCCCAAGAUGCCUGGAGUUAUAUCAGCAUCUUCCUUUGAUGGAAAGAUUGGCAUUUACAACAUUGAGGGUUGUAGUCGAUAUACUGCUGCAGAGAGUCAUUUUGGAACAGCAAAAUUAAGAGCUCCAAAAUGGUAUAAGCGUCCGGCUGGGGUUUCUUUUGGCUUUGGAGGAAAGCUUGUAUCGUUUCGCCCUAGGUUAUCUGCAGCUGGUGCUUCUGAGGUGUUUUUGCAUAACUUAGUUACAGAAGACAGUUUAGUGAGUCGGUCAUCUGAAUUUGAAAGUGCCAUACAAAAUGGGGAGAAGGCAUUGCUGAAGGCUUUGUGUGAUAAAAAAUCUCAGGAAUCUGAAUCAGUAGAUGAUCAAGAAACUUGGGGUUUCUUAAAGGUUAUGUUUGAAGAAGAUGGAACCGCAAGAACUAGGAUGCUUGCCCACCUUGGUUUUAGUGUACCCGUUGAAGAAAAUGAUGCUGUACAAGAGGACAAUCUCACCCAGGAAGUAAAUGCCAUUCGACUUGAUGAUACACCAGCUGACAGAGUGGGAUAUGAGAACAAUAAAGAGGCCACCAUCUUCACUGCUGAUGAUGGGGAAGACUUUUUAACAACCUUCCAAGUCCCAAAGCUGAUACUUCUUUUUCACCUUCUGCAUGCUUUGGUUGUGGGAGACUACAAAGGGGCUGUUGCACAAUGCAUAUCAGCAAAUAAAAUAGCUGAUGCUUUAGUUAUUGCUCAUGUUGGUGGCACUUCAUUAUGGGAGAAGACACGUGAUCAAUAUCUUAAAUUGAGUCCUUCACCGUACUUGAAGAUUGUUUCUGCAAUGGUGAACAAUGAUCUAAUGACCCUUGUAAACACCAGGCCACUCAAAUACUGGAAAGAAACACUUGCACUCCUUUGUACAUUUGCACCAAGUGAGGAAUGGAGUAUGCUAUGCAAUUCACUUGCUUCAAAAUUAAUGGAUGCUGGUAAUACUUUGGCGGCAACUCUUUGUUAUAUAUGUGCGGGUAAUAUUGACAAAACAGUUGAAAUUUGGUCGAGGAGUCUGACAGCUGAGAGUGAAGGGAAAUCGUACCUUGAUCUUCUUCAGGAUUUGAUGGAGAAGACUAUAGUACUUGCUCUGGCAAGUGGCCAAAAGCAAUUUAGUGCCUCUUUGUGCAAGCUUGUUGAGAAAUAUGCUGAAAUUUUAGCUAGUCAGGGCCUCCUAACAACAGCACUAGAGUACUUGAAACUUUUGGGGUCUGAUGAAUUGUCUCCUGAACUUACAAUCUUAAGAGACCGUAUCGCUCUCUCCACAGAACCUGAGAAAGAAGCUAAGACUCCAGCUUUUGAGAACACCCAACAGCAAGGUGGAUCAGUUUAUGGCGCCCAACAUUCUGGUUUUGGUGCGGCUGAUGCUUCUCAUUCUUAUUAUCAGGGAGCAGUAGCUCAACAAAUGCAUCAGAGUGUUCCUGGCAGUCCAUACAGUGAAAAUUAUCAGCAACCUAUUGACUCUUCAUACGGAAGAGGAUAUGGUGCUCCUGCUCCCUAUCAGCCUUCCGCACAACCCCCAGCAUACCAGCCUGCACCGCAGCCCCAAAUGUUUGUUCCAACUCCUGCUCCUCAGGCACCUCAGGCAAAUUUUGCUCCACCUCCACCUCCAGCUCAUGCCGCUACUCAACAAGCUACAAGGACCUUUGUUCCUGCAAAUGUUCCCAUUCUAAGAAAUGCAGAACAGUAUCAGCAACCCACAUUGGGUUCUCAGUUAUAUCCUGGGACUGCAAAUCCUUCUUAUAAUCCUGUACAGCCCCCUUCUGGCUCACAAGGACCUAUUUCAGGUUCUGUGGGUGCAAUUCCUGGCCACAGAAUGCCACAAGUUGUUGCUCCUGGCCCAACACCAACGGGAUUUAGGCCUGUACAUUCAGGGGUUGCUCAAAGACCUGGGAUUGGUUCAAUGCAACCGCCUAGUCCUACUCAGUCUGCAUUAGUCCAACCAGCUGUGACUCCUGCUGCCCCACCACCAACCGUGCAAACAGUCGAUACCUCAAAUGUACCUGCUCAUCAUAGACCUGUCAUUACAACAUUGACAAGAUUGUUUAAUGAGACAUCAGAAGCUUUGGGUGGUGCCCGUGCAAAUCCUGCUAGGAAGCGUGAAAUUGAAGAUAAUUCGAGGAAAAUAGGUGCCUUGUUUGCCAAACUCAACAGUGGGGAUAUAUCGAAAAAUGCUUCUGAUAAGCUUGUCCAGCUAUGCCAGGCAUUAGACAGAAAUGAUUUUAGCACAGCUCUGCAAAUUCAGGCAUGUCCAUGUGUGAUUAAUCUCAAUCAUGUCAGAGGAGUUCCUUCUUAG